AGCAAAAAUACUUACUUAUAAACUUGCAAGAUUUAAAAUAUAGCUGAGAAUCUCGUCCGAUUUAUUUGAAAUUGCCAUUUUCAAUUAGAAGAUUUAAAGAAGUUUCCGAUCAGCAGACGAUCCAAUAAUCGAUUCGGGCUUCAAAACGGAAUGCAGUUGAGAAUACACUGAACGUCUUAGACAGGAUCAAUUCCCUGAACGAGGCAAGUCGAUCGUGUUACGUUUCGGAAUCUCACAGAGUCCCGUGAUUCUCUGCAUCACUGAACAAGUUGACCGUCGCGAUCUCUGGCAGAGUGGCGCUAAAAAUACUCGGCCAUUGGUGAUUCGACUUGAUCGACAACACGAUUUCCACGAAAUCGUAUUCCAGAAACGGUGGCGCGGCCCUCGAUCGUUCGACGAGUCGCAAUAAAGAAUAAUCGACCGGGCCUCGAGGCCGACAAGGUCGCCGGAACGUUGACCGAUCUUUCAAGAUCGCGCGGCAGACUCGACGCGAAGCUCGAUCGGUGGAUAAACGAGGAUAAAUCGAAGGGCAAGUCGUGGGAUCCCUGACCAACGUCAAGCAACACACGACGGUACUUUGGCGAGACGCUAAGAAACGUUUACACGCUGAACGUCUAACAGGAAAAUCGAAAUUCACGAUCGAAUGGAGGAUCGAGCGUGAAGCUAGAUCGGUGUGUGUAUGAAAAUAAAUUCAAGGAUAGAUUGCGUGACAUCAUCGAUGCGAAAGAAAACGACCGAAGACAUUUGAAAAGCCGUGAAAGGUCGUUGACCAAUGUCAACGAGGGAAAAAUCGACAGUCCCGAUAAAGAUACACUGAAGAUAUGAAAACAGAAUCUAACUUCAAGAUCGGCAAGCUGUAUAAGAUGGCGGAUGUCAAAAGGACUACGUAAAUUCAAAAAAAUUGCAUGAAAAUUUCGAAGUUGAAUAAACGAGACAUAAAUCAGAGAAUAAAUCAUGUAGCAUUGCCAAUCACUUCACGAAAAUCUCGACGACUUAGUGGCGCUGAAGAAUAAAACUAGAGCUGAAGAUCCUGUUGGAGACGCGAUAUUAAACUCGAUUAAUAGUUGAGCGAGAAUAAAUCACAGUGAAAGUCCUAUCUCCGAAUGAACGCGACUAAGUCGAAGGAAAAGUCGUGCAAAAACGCUGACCAACGUCAACCAAGAUUCGACGACGUUUUAGCUGAAUCGCUGAGGACGAUACGCGAGAAUAGAAACGAAACGGCGCCAUGGUGUCCGUUCUCGAACGAAGAAAGCCAGUUUGUGAUCGUUGCACCUGUCGCUAUCUGUCAAGCUGGUAAACACGAGGCAAAACCUUGGGACAAGUUCGCGAGCUCCUCGACCUGGACAGUUAAAGAGUAAAGAGGGUACAGCACACCUGACUCGAAGCUUCUUUCUUGCGACAGCUGCGUGUUUCGGUCGAACACGGUUGACAGAGACGUGAUUGUUACGUUCACGAUCGUGUUGGGUUGAAGGUGGAAACUGGAGGAACUGAAAAAAUUGAUUUUUCAAGACUUCGACAUAAUCGUCGUAGAUACGAAAAGUUUUGAAGAAUUGGUGAGAAAGAGGAGAGUAAAAAGUUGAAAUUGACGAGGAAGAGGAAGCUUGGUCAGAUGAGAUUUAUGUCAAAUGACUUAUCUUUCUGAAUAAAUUUAAUGAUUGAAGUGGAUGUUGCGAGUAAUCGUGAGGAUCUUGUUCUCACGUAAAGGACAACUUUGUAAGUUGAUUAUACAGGAAGUUUAAUUAUAAAUCGAUGGUAGAAGGUAAGAUCGCUCGGAUUAAGAUCUGUUGCUACGGAUGCUGUAAAAAGUAACCUGUUUUAAGGAAAGGAAUAGAUCGAUAGCAGUUUAAGGCAAGUUAAUAAAUAUUGCGAAGAUAACGAAGCGUAGAUAUUAAUCGCGAACAAGGUUUCUAUGUUAAAAAUUACCAAGCUGCAGAUUUCUCGACGAAGUUAUUAACUUUCUAGAAAUGAAACCAUAAAGCGCAAAGCUUGCAGCUAAAAGGAGCGUUUCGCCGAAUUCCCAAUGGUCGACGUUCAUCAUACUUAUAAUUAACAUUGAUCGUGACUUCGAUACUUCUACGAAGAUUUCAAUCGAUGCUAUAAAUAAUCAAUCGAAGCGGCAAAUAUACCUCGAACCACUAUCGAUCGAGUAUCGAUCGUAUCCAAAAUCGAUCACCAAUCGUAGUUCCAACCUUUCGAUAAAAAUUUCAAUUACCACAAACACUGGUAGAAUGUUUAAUCAAUUUAUUAAAAAGAUAUUUUAUCGAAUCAGCGAUAAAUGACGGAAAUUACACUUGAAAUUAACAUCGAUCGUAUAUCUCUAAUAUUUCUACGGAAAUUCUAAUCAGCGUUAUGAACGCAUCGAUCGAGUGGAACGAUAUUUCUUCGCCAAGAAGCCACAUUAAUCAUACUUAAAAUAAGCACCGAUCGUAACUUCAAUAUUUGCGAAGCUAGCAAAACUUCCAAUCAAUCGCACAAACACUUGUGCACGUAUUCUCGAAAGGAAACGCGAGAGACCACGAAGUGACGCGAUUUGAAUCAACACCCUCGCCAAAAGCAGACACCCAAUCAAUCCGGCAACUCACUCAGCCUCGAAACCACGCCUCGUCGACGACGUGCAGCACAAACAAAGUGAACGCCGAAGCAAACACAGCGACGAUCGUUGCGGAGGAGGCGCGAAACCGGUGACUUGACCACGGGCAAGAUCGACGGCCGAAUGACGUCAAGGUUUUCGCUGGAACCUCGAAAAGAAGGAGAAAAGAAGGAUGCAGCCGGAUCGCUUUGUGCCUGCUGGAAGCGUUAAAUAUAGCCGGAAGAAUUUCCGCGGCAUCCACGCGCUCUUCGUUCGCUUUGCUCGAUUUUCCUAGACCGCGAUUUAUGCGAAACGAGUGCGAGACCCCUCUUUCGACUGUCGUCGUUGUCGCGCGGAGACUACCGCAGCUUCGUGUUACACGGCUGUACGUGAAUUAGCUGGCUUUUACUUCUAACGCUUCGGCUAGUGGAUUUCCUCGAGGUAUUUGCGAGAGGAAAAAUGCUGAUCACCAAGUAUACCACUAUCCUGCUGCAGUCUACCAAUCAACAUAUUCUCAGGAGCGAUGUCUUCCUGGAACCGUAUCUGCAGCAGCAUGGAACCGUUCAGGUUGUCAGCUCGCCGAGCACGCCUCCGCCAAAUCCGCUGCAGCAUCAUCAGCUCACGCAGCUACAUCAUGUACAGAGCGAGGAGUCGCUUUCCUCGGAAGGGUCGGCCACCUCGGGUGGAUCUUCGAGCUCGACGGAAGAUUCUGGCAGCGAGGUCGCGUGCGACAUCACUCUGAUCGAGAGGCUCAUACGCUCGCAUCCUAUUUGGUUCCUUCCUGGCAUCCAAAGAGCCGGCGCUUUCCACUUGUUGCAAGGCAAAGAGGAAGGGAACUUCGUGGUGCGCCAAUCAAGUCAGAGCGACACGAUGGCCCUGUCCGUGCGACUGCCACCAGGAAAGGGACCGUACAUCGAGCACUACCUGAUCCAAGCCAACAAGGGGAAGCUGAGCUUGGAGACCAGCGAGAACAGGUUCGACAACAUCCCCUCGCUGAUCGCCCACUAUUCUCAGUGUUGUGACGAAUUGCCGGUCCAAUUGACACUGCCAAGGGCGAUGCGCGAGGCCAAGAAUAGGCAGCAACUCUCCUCCCUGGCGCUUCUGGGUCAGGAAUUCUGGAGAUACCCGAUGGCGAAUCCGAAACCACCGGAGAGCAGCAGCAGCAACACGUCUAGUUUAAGCAGUUUCCGGGGUGGUAACAAUAAUUUGAAUAACAACAAUAACAAUAUUCAUACGCCGACGACGGAGAGUAUCGUGUUGAAUUUGGCGCCAAUCUCGUCGCAUGAUACCCGAAGCUCGUCGCCUACAGGCGCCUUGACGACAACCACAUUCGCGUCGUCGUUGCCUCGACAGCCUCGUCCAACGCCACCAAACACCUUGAAUUUGACAACCUUCAACGAGCCUCUAGACCUGAAGAAAGAAAAAAUCUCACCAGGCGACAAACUAUCUCAGAAAUUGAUCUCCCCUAAUCUGGUGCAGAGCGUUCGUUGCCCUUCGCCUGUGGUUCACAACGUGGAGAGUAACGUGCUGAGUCCUGUCCAGGACACCAAAGUCAGCUUCGAGUCGAAAACCAUGGCAGAGACUUCGAAAUCGACGAUGGUCGAACUGUCCAGGACCAGAUUCUCCUCUGUCAGCACUUCCAUGAUGAAUUUCCAUCAAAACGUGUCGACGUUCAAUAAUCUAUCCUGCACCACGUCCCCUGUACUACCUGAGAUAAGAAAUAUCAUAGCGGAGAAUCAUUCUCUGGGACAGAACGUGAAAACGCCACCUCCGCCGCCUCCGAGAUGGGCCAAACCCGCGAUUGGCCCGAAUCAGAAUAAUUUCAGCGUUACAACCACCGUGACGUUCAAUGUCAAUCACUCGAAUGAUAUCGGUAGCUCUCAGAACACCCCAUCGGACCCCAAUACUUCUCUGUUAAGCCCACAGAGCGCCACAUCGAACAAGUCUCUGACCUCAAACUUCUCGGUGAAGUCACCCUUGUCUCCGACGACGCCGAUACUCUCUCCAAUGUCAAAACUAGUCCCAAAUACAGGCGCUAAGACGCCCAACGUUCUUUCACCAACUACGCCAUCCAGUACGAGCAAAUCGAAACGAAGACGAGACCGAGAAGCUCGAAAGAACUCGCAACACUACCAGGAAUCUGACAUUUUGGAAUCGUACUAUCGAAGUUCGCCUGGAGACAAGAUUUCGGACUACGAAGAUAUUUGGAAUACUACCGAUCAGUCGAACCAUUCCACCUGGUCUCCCAACGACAAACUGGCCAGGAAUGAUGGGCCAGCGAAUCCUCAGGACCGACUGAGGAACUCGAACGAUCGACUGAUGGUCCCAGACAGAGUCGGAAAUCCAAAUUCCGAGAGAAAUUUCAACGAACGACUGCCAACGAGCGAGCAGUUGAUAGUGAGGAACGACAGGAUGAUCGUGAGAAACGAUAAGUCGAUUGGAAAUGAGAAAUUGAGUUACAAGGAGAUGACCAGUCCCGAGUUUAGCAGCUUUAAGCCUGCUCAGGAGGCGAAGCCUGUGGAGCAGAGCAAUGGAUCGCCGGAGGAAACAGGAAUGGGAAGGAGACCUGAUCUGUUGUCUCGAGUCUCAGGUAGCGCGAACUCCUUGAACAGUCCCAGCACGGUGACACCUCCCAGGAACAAACUAGGCUUAAUGCUGGCCAAAUCAGAGAGCAACAGCCCCCUGACACCGGAGUCGAAGCAGGGUAGUCCGUUUUACGCGGAACCAGCGGACGCUAUCGCGCAGAACGCGGCGAUAAUACCAAGAAGACGACCUAGGAACAACCCAGCAACUAAUAAAUAUCGGCACAGCGAACCAGGGUGGCUACAAACGCCAGUAGGUGCAAAUUCUAAUCAGCUGCAUCCGAUCGACUGGGAGGAAUCGGAAGAAACGGAAGAUAAGACGCCUCUGAUCUCGUCUUCCGUGGAUAAUCUGGCCAAGAGACUCGGCACCAAAGAGACGAAGAAGAUUCCACGUGCCAAGCCGGUACAGCCACCAAAGAUCAGGACCAAGGUGUUCAACGACACUUCCUGGGCCGUGGACUCCAGCUGGGAAUUUAUUGGCAACGAAGGGGACGACUGCGAUCCGGACUACGACUGUGAUGCAGAUUACGAGGGCGACAACGUGGCCAGAAAGUUUCCGGACGAGGAGUGCGACAGGGACGUUGUUGGGAACACUUUGACCGUUCAGAGUAUCAUCCUCCAACGGUACCCAGAGCUGUUGAAACCGCCAGACACGUCGGAGUCGCUUUACAGCGACAGGAACUCCUCGUACGACAACGUCGAGAAGAGGAACGAGAGAGAGGAGGCUGGAGACACCAGAAAGGACCAAACUUAUGACUCUUCCGAGUGGGAGACGCCAUUGGAGACGGACGAAAGCGACGUGGAGAGGAUGAAGAAGAACAAAAGCUUCAAAGAACGACUGGACCCUCUUCUCUCUCCUCCGAGGUUGCAAGCCCUCAGGAAUCGUGAAAACGGAGGCACAGGCUCCACCAUAAGAUCGUACGCCUUGCAGCUAGCCGCUGAUAAAACUACCACUUUCUCCCAGAAUAUCGAUAAUUUCAUCCAAUGCACGAAAGAAGGGAAAGAAGCCAGUCCGCACGUGGUUAUGAGAAACAUGAGACAGUUCAUGUCUGGAAUGAAAAACUAUUUGGUGAAACACGGCGAAAAGGAGUUCGAAAAAGAAGUGGAGAAGGAAAGAUUGAAGCUGAAGGCAAAUGAAUUUUUGAAUCUGGACGCGAUUUUGGAGGGCGUGAUGAUGAUCCUGGUAGUCAAACCGCUCAGGGAACAUGUUUACAGACUGUUUGUGGAUCAUUACGCGGCCACCGGUUCGUUGCAAACCCUCGCCGAGAACAUUCAACACGCCCAAGGGAAACACAUUCAGGAUCUCGGCGUUCGACCAAAGAUCAUACCCCCAUCGGAGCCCAAUUUAGAACGAAUCCUCAAGUGCAUCGAUCGUCUUCAGAAGGCGGAUUCACCUUUGGAUAAGCUGGAAAACCUUCUCGCAGCUUUUUCGGCAAUUUUCAACUCUGUAAAACACGCAAAUUCUGGCAGACACCUGUCGCUGGGUGCCGACGACCUCCUUCCUCUUCUAGUUUGGGUGUUGGUUCGUGGCAGAGUCGUGGACGCUGAAGUGGAGGCUGAGUACAUGUGGGGCUUGCUUCAUCCCUCUCUUCUGACUGGCGAAGGGGGAUAUUAUCUGACGACCUUGUCCAGCGCAGUUCACGUUUUGAAGACGUUCAAGUCCAGCCAGGGAACGAUGUCCACUUUAAAUGGCUGUGGAACACCAGACUGUUCAUCCGUACUACGAAUCUUAGUGCCAGAUGAACUGCAUGGAUCCCUGAACACCAGAACGUUGCCCGUGCGACCGAACAUGAACACGAGAGAGAUCUGUCGCAUUCUUGCGCAUAAGAUCAGAUGCACCAACCCCCAGGACUAUGGACUGUUCAAACUGGUUCAAGGGGAAGAAACCUUACUCGGUGACCACGAGUGUCCGCAAGAACUCUCUCACUGCCUUUUCGCUUACAAGCGGAUCGACGCGAAGAUAGCCUGGCCGAAGACCAGUUCUUAAGCUUCGCGAGCAGAAAACCUCGUAGAGUCAACGAUGUCGAUUUCGUGGUGGCGAAACUAACGAGUCUGAAACACCUGUCUCUACUCUUACUGUUAGUUUCGUUGCUAGCACCGUGUUUUCCUUUCGAUCGUCUCAUUGUUCACACUUUUUACAUGUAAGUCCGUAACGAAUUUUUCAAUUUCCAGCACAAAAACCUCUUCGGUAAUCUAACUCUUAGAAUAUACUUGAACACUGCCAGGUAUAGACAGCUUUCGAACGAUCGACGUAAAAACGAAAAAAAAAAAAAAUCCACUGAAAGCGACCAAAGUUUAAUUUAAGGAAAACGAUUAUUAAACCUUGUACUUUUAUUCGUAAAUCAUGUUAAUCUAGAUCUAUAUCCCCACAUAUCCGGUAUUUAAAAUCAGUACAAUCGUCAUCGUUCUAUUGGUCGCUUUUUAAUAUGUAGAAUUCUUGCCCAUAUUUUUUGUAAUUAGUAAUUAACGUAAAGAAAAAGAAGGACUUCUCUUAGCUGCGCGAUGGUCCAAAGAAAUUUGAUUAUUCGUCCGAAUCAUUUAGAUGCUGAGUGUGAUGAUUAUAGUAGUGCAAUCUAGUAGUGCAAUGCGUAGCUGGGAACGAUCUCGAAGUAAGAAUUUCAUAUAACGCAGCUAAAGAGUCUGAAAAAGCAGAGUAUGAUCGUACGAUCGGGCGAUUAGCAUUCAAUCGGAUUUAAUUUGCUUUACAAGCAGGUGCUAGAGCGUCGGAUCGGCUAAUAAACGGAGGUCGAUUCAGUUCGUUUGUUGGCACUGAACCCGAGAUUUCGAACAAAUUUCCGCCGAACGACCGUUUCUUAUUUAUGAACACACGAAUAAUACGAGAUAAAGGAUCGUGUAUUACUCAGUAUUCGAUAUUUUGCAAAAUUCUACGAUAACGAAGCUACGAAGUCUCAUUGAUGAAAUAGGUUUCGAAUCGAGCAAGCCAAUGGAAAGUUCUUCGCUUUUUGCCGCAAGAAACCAAGGUCUUGAAUCCUUUACGAUUGUCCUUCGAUCUGGAAAUCUAUUUCACGAGAGAAUACUAAAUUUUUUACGGGAUGAAAUCGCUAAGAAGAGAGCAACCAAAUGUCUCUGUAACAUUUCUUUUGAAAUAAUUUUACCGCAGACGACUUACUUAAUUCUCUUAUUAAAAACAUUUUUAACAUAUCGAUUGAUUUUCUUAAAUAUUUUUCUACGAUUAAUCGAUGAGAUUGAUGCUGUCAUCUUACUCUUUAUAUCAAUCACUCAUUUUUAUAUUUUUAACGUUAUUCUUUCUUUUUUUUUUUUUUUACAUCUUGUUACAAAAAAUCAAUUUCUACCAUGUACGAAUUAUUUAUAUGUCAAAGAAGAUCAGAGAUAUGUUGGAUGCCUCUGUCAGGGGUAAUUCAAGCCUAUAGUAUAACCGAAUAAAAAUCAUAGGGGGAUUACCCCUUUUAAUACAAAUUGAAUAUUAGACUUUUAUAUAUAUAUAUACAUAUAUAUAUAGAACACGAAAGACUAGUUUAGACUCUAUUUUAAGUACUUUCUCGUCGAGACGUUGGCGGAUUAUACAAGCAAUCUGUACUUUUAGGCGGACGUCGCAUAUUUAUUGGGAAGUUGUACACAAUAUUUUACUAUCAUUCGUCGGAUUUUUCCUUUUUUUUUCGCGUGUGCGUGCGCACGUGUCGCUUCUUCCUUUCUCCGAAUCUGCCAGGCUGAUUUGCUCACUUAAUAUUAUUAUAAAAGGCUGUGGAACUAAUUAAUCUCUUACUCUCUCUCUCUCUCUUUCACUCUCUCGCUCUCUCUCUCUCUCUCUCUCCAGAAAUGAGCAAUUGAAAACAAAACAGAGCAGUUCGAUCAUGUUUGUGUUUUUGGGGGAUUUGUAUGGGGGUUGAGAUAUGAGGGUUGGAGCGUAAAUCGUGGAGCGAAUAUUUUGCUACUGAAACUCUCGUACAAAUCAGCCUUGCAAUUGUUAUUAGGUAUUGUCUUAUAUAAGAAAACGAACAAAAAAAAAAAAGGAAAAAAGAAAAAAGUGAAAAGUAACACGAUGUGUAACCCUCGAUAAAUACGUGUAAUAAUAUACGAUAAUAAUUAUUAGCAAUUUAUAAAUGUACAUUUCUCCUUUAUAUGUCGUAUCUAAUUUAUUAUGAAGCGAAUUUUUAAUACCUGUAAUAUCGUAAUUAAUAAUAUCCCUCUGCAUUAAACGUGCUUUCGAUCCUCCACCUCCCCCACCCCCCUUCGAAUCUAAUUGAUUACGAUUAACCGUAACGUUAAUGCUUCUAAUAUGCUAGUCAAGCCGAUACAAAUCAGAAGUUUGUAAAAGAGUACCGUUUCUUCUCUCCUCUCUAUGGCCCUUUUAUAGGUGUAACUUUUCACGUGAUAGUUUCUACUUGUUGACAAAAAAAAAAAAAAUAAGGUAAUAUCAUUGAUCAUCGAUUAUUCUCACCUUUAUUACGAUUAUUGAUUAUGAUUACUAUUGUAACGUGUAACAGUAUGCUCAAUAAAAACUUUUCUAUAAUUCGAACAGUGGAUGGAACAAUGCUAAUGUGGUAUACAAAUAAUUGUGUAAUAAAAUUUCGUAUGCAGAGCGAAA